AUGAUCAACAGGACCAACAUCUCUGUUCCGUACUACAGCUAUGAAUACUACCUAGACUACUUGGACCUCAUUCCUGUGGAUGAGAAGAAGCUAAAAGCCAACAAACAUUUCAUCGUCAUCGCCUUCUGGGUGAGCCUGGCAGCUUUUGUGGUCAUCCUCUUCCUCAUUCUGCUGUAUACGUCCUGGCCAGGCUCCCUGCAGAUGAGGAGGAACUCCCAGCACCACCAAACGUGCCCAUGGAGUCACAGUCUCAACCUUUCCUCCUGCCUCCGGAGGACCUCCCAGGGGACAGCAGUGGAACCUGGAAGUGGAGGUGGUGUUGACCAGAGGCUAUAG